AUGAGUGAGCAAGAAGUUGAAUAUCUGGAUGAAAUAUUGGCUGAUAGUGAAAAGGCAGCCCCUGAAGACCUGCUAUUUUCCUAUAAGGGAAUUUUGUACCCUGCUACUAUAUGCAGCCCUGAAACUUUCCAAGUUUUUGAUUCUUUUGAAGCCAGGAGUGAUGAUGUGAUCCUAGCGGGAUACCCUAAAAAUGGUACUAACUGGCUUGAUCAAGUCCUAAAUGAUUUGGAAAUUACAGCUGCAAAAUACACAGAGGAGGAAAUUAAUGAGAGAACGAAUAUUACAAAUGAAUUAUUCGUAAUGCCACGUCUAGAGUUAGGGGAUCCAGAGAAAUUUAAGAGGAUGAAGGAAUUACCUUUCAGAAGAAUCAUAGUAACACAUCUCUCUCCUGAAAUCCUGCCCAAAUCUAUUUUCAAAAGCAAGGCGAAGAUACUGCUGCUGGUUCGAAAUCCAAAAGACACCGCUGUAUCUUACUUCCAUUUUCACAAUAAUAUACCUACACUUCCCUCCUUCAGCUCAUGGGAUGAGUAUUUUACAGCUUUUAUGCAUGGAAAAUUGUGUUGGGGCUCCUAUUUUGGUUAUUUAGUUGAAUGGAACAAGCAUAUGGAUGAUGAAAAUGUUAUGGUGAUAACCUAUGAAGAGCUGAAAGAGAAUCAGACAUUAGGACUGAAAAAAAUAGCUGACUUCUUUGGGUUCUCCCUAAGUGAGGAAGAGAUUCAGACUGUUGCAGAGAACAGCAGCUUCGAAGCUAUGAAAGAGAAAUCCUUCAAAACCCAUGGAACAUUUGGGAAAAUUCUCUUCCGUACAGGAAUUGUUGGUGACUGGAAGGACCAUUUCUCUGAAGCUCAGAGUAAAGAAAUGGACAGAAAAUUUGAAGAGUGUUUAGCAGGAACUAAACUGGGAGAAAAGAUGAACUAUGGGGUGUAUUGCAACGCCUAAAGAGCAAAACCUAAUGUGACUGUUUCCCUUAGUAUGAUUUGUUCACUUGUUUUUGUACACUGGAAAAAUAAUCUAAACUUGUGUGUAUCCAAUUGUAAAUAAUUAUGUUCUAGUCCAUAAUACCAGCAAUUUAUGUCAGAUGUGUGCUUUAAAUUUGAUACCUCACCCUGCUUAAUAGAUCUUUUAUGUAUGCAUAUGCCCAUUGUAUGGCAUUGCCUUAGAAAGGAGCCCUAGACUUCAUUAUCAUCUAUGCUAUUCUGAGGAGGUAUCAGGCAGAAGCACCAUCAGUUAUUUAACCACUCUAUCAAAAACAAUGUAAUCGGUGAGCCAAUUUUGCACUGAGAAAUCCCUUGAAAUUCAUGGGAGUUGCAUUUGAUGUAAGUCAGUGCAGAAUUAGGCUUAGAGUGUCCAGAUGAUCCAGAUGUCCAAAAGUGAUAGAAAUUCCACCAAAUAGAUUAGUUUUUGCCAUUAACAAUGACUUGAAUGUGGCUAUCUUCUGGUGGAAAAGGCUGAAUCCCUCCAGGAUAACUGUUAUCCAAGCAGCUUUUCUGUUUUUCUGCUUGCAUUCAUUAUUUGUCUGUGUCCUUUUAAAUCUUUGAUUUGAUAAGUGCAUUAAAAAUGUUAUUAAUUAGUUCAUCUUGUCUCAAUUGGAGGGGGCAUGUUGGAACCCUGGCUAGGAUUGCCAGUUUUGUUGGGACAUAUUCCUGGUGGUUUUAUCACAUUAAUUAAAGAUUAAUCUUUAAUUCCUGGAGACUCCAAGGAGUUCAGGACAAGCACAUUUCAGUGAAUUUAGCCAAUAAUCUUUGAAAUCUAAUGAGGAAUAACGAAAUAAUUGCAUCCUUUGUGAUCAAAGAUCAUAGAAUAUCAGAGUUGGAAGGGACCUCAGGAGGUCAUUUAAUCCAACCCUCUGCAUCUAGGAUUAAAUUGUUAUCUCUGUGCCUAAUAUAUGAGGUCCAAGAAAUUAUCAAUAUUAUAAUUAAAUAUUUUUAUUUUUCUGAUACUGCAGUUUUGCUAUAUCUUGCUCCAGAAAUAUAUAUUAACUUUCUAGA